AUGAGAAUAUUCCUGCGGUGCCGGAAGCACAGGGCACGUGACCGGGUGACAGCGCUGGCGGGGCUGCAGGGCUUGCUUUAGGUGUUGCUGCGCUCACGGGAUGGCGGAGGCGCCUCCUGUCUCAGGUACUUUUAAAUUCAAUACAGAUGCUUCUGAGUUCAUUCCUCAGGAGAGAAAAAAUUCUGGUCUAAAUUGUGGGAGUCAGAGAAGACUAGAUUCUAAUAGGAUUGGUAGAAGAAAUUACAGUUCACCACCUCCAUGUCACCUUUCCAGGCAAGUCCCUUAUGAUGACAUUUCUUCUAUUCAUCAGCACAGUUAUUCUUCAGGAAGCAAGCCUAAGAGUCAACAGACUUCUUUCCAAUGCUCUGCUUCUAAUAAAUCACUCAAGAGCCUUCAGAAUCAACCUGGACAGAAAUUGAGGAGUGAAAAGCAGCAUAUCAGAGUCAAGAGAGUACAAAGUCUAACUGACCAGACCCCAGAUGCAGCUGGCUUAGAAAACGUGGCCAAAUCAGAGAGUGGGACAAAGCCCAGAGAGUACAGCCCUGCUGACAGUGAGAAGGAAAUUGUUGGUGCAGAUCCGAGGGGAGCAAAACCCAAAAAAGCAACCCAAUUUGUAUACAACUAUGGUAGAGGACCAAAAGUCAAGGGGAAACUCAAAUGUGAGUGGGGUAACAGAAUGACUCCCAAACCGGAGGAUGCUGGACCUGAAAAUUCUAAGCCUGUGGGCGUUAUCCAACCUGACUCUUCGGAUACAUCCUUUAGAAAAGGAGCACUGGAUGUGUCUGGGGCCAGGCGCAAUGAGCAGAGAAGACAUCCACAGAAAAGGCCUCCCUGGGAAGUGGAAGGGGCGAGGCCACGCCCAGGCAGGAAUCCACCAAAACAGGAGGGCCAACGACAUGCAAAUGUAGGACCCAGAAACAACAUGGCCCCUAUUCCAAAGGAUAAUCUGAGUGAAAGACCAGCAAAAUCUGCCUGUGACGAUGGGAACUCGGCAGUCGUCAACAAGUCUUCCAGAAGGGUUAACCCAGAGAAAAUUGCUGUAAGGAGGCAGGAUUCUCAAGUAGCAUCUUUCCACCGAGGCAAACAGAACCCCGUGCUAAAGAAUGUGGAAACACACACAGGUUCUCUAGUUGAACAACUAACUACAGAAAAAUAUGAGUGCAUGGUGUGCUGUGAAUUGGUUCGCGUCACAGCCCCGGUCUGGAGUUGUCAGAGCUGUUACCACGUGUUUCAUUUGAACUGCAUAAAGAAGUGGGCAAGGUCUCCGGCAUCUCAAGCAGAUGGUCAGAGUGGUUGGAGGUGCCCUGCCUGUCAGAAUGUUUCUGCUCAUGUUCCUAAUACCUACACUUGUUUCUGUGGCAAGGUAAAGAAUCCUGAAUGGAGCAGAAAUGAAAUUCCACAUAGUUGCGGUGAAGUUUGUAGAAAGAAACAGCCUGGACAGGACUGCCCACAUUCCUGUAACCUUCUCUGCCAUCCCGGACCUUGUCCACCCUGUCCUGCUUUUAUGACUAAAACAUGUGAAUGUGGACGGACCAGGCACACAGUUCGCUGUGGUCAGGCUGUCUCAGUCCACUGUUCUAACCCAUGUGAGAACGUUUUAAACUGUGGUCAGCACCACUGUGCUGAGCUGUGCCAUGGGGGUCCGUGCCAGCCUUGCCGGAUCAUAUUGAACCAAGUGUGCUACUGUGGCCGCACCUCCCGAGAUGUGUUAUGUGGAACAGACAUAGGAAAGUCUGAUGGAUUUGGGGAUUUUGGCUGUUUGAAGCUAUGUGGCAAGGUUUUGAAAUGUGGGAACCAUGUAUGUUCUCAAGUGUGCCACCCUCAGCCCUGCCAGCCAUGCCCACGGCUCCCCCAUCUGGUGCGCUAUUGCCCUUGUGGGCAGACUCCUCUCAGCCAACUGCUAGACCUCGGAAGUAGUGGUCGGAAAACGUGCAUGGAUCCUGUCCCUGCAUGUGGAAAAGUGUGCGGCAAGCCUCUGCCUUGUGGUUCCUUAGAUUUCAUUCAUACCUGUGAAAAGCUCUGCCAUGAAGGAGACUGUGGACCAUGCUCUCGUACAUCAGUUAUUUCCUGCAGAUGCUCUUUCAGAACAAAGGAGCUUCCAUGUACCAAUCUCAAAAGUGAAGAUGCUACAUUUAUGUGUGACAAGCGGUGUAACAAGAAACGGUUGUGUGGACGGCAUAAAUGUAAUGAGAUAUGCUGUGUGGAUAAGGAGCACAAGUGUCCUUUGAUUUGUGGGAGGAAACUCCGCUGUGGCCUUCAUAGAUGUGAAGAACCUUGUCAUCGUGGAAACUGCCAGACAUGCUGGCAAGCCAGUUUUGAUGAAUUAACCUGCCACUGUGGCGCAUCAGUGAUCUAUCCUCCAGUUCCCUGUGGUACCAGGCCCCCUGAGUGUACCCAAACCUGCGCCAGAGUCCAUGAAUGUGACCAUCCAGUAUAUCAUUCUUGUCAUAGCGAAGAGAAGUGUCCCCCUUGUACUUUCCUAACUCAGAAAUGGUGCAUGGGCAAACAUGAGUUGCGCAGCAACAUCCCGUGUCACCUGGUUGAUAUCUCCUGCGGAUUGCCCUGCAAUGCUGCACUACCGUGUGGAAUGCACAAGUGUCAGAGACUCUGUCACAAAGGAGAGUGUCUUGAUGAGGCCUGCAAGCAGCCCUGCACCACUCCCAGAGCUGACUGUGGCCACCCGUGUAUGGCACCCUGCCACCUCAGCUCACCCUGCCCUGUGACUGCUUGCAAAGCCAACAUUGAGCUGCAGUGUGAAUGUGGACGAAGAAAAGAACUCAUGAUUUGCUCUGAGGCAUCCAGUACUUAUCAAAGGAGAGCUGCUAUUUCCAUGGCCUCUAAAAUAACAGACAUGCAUCUUGGAGAUUCAGUGGAGAUCAGCAAGUUAAUUACCAAAAAGGAAAUUCACCAAGCCAGGCUGGAGUGUGAUGAGGAGUGUUCAGCCUUGGAAAGGAAAAAGCGGUUAGCAGAGGCCUUUCAUAUCAGUGAUGACUCUGAUCCUUUCAAUGUACGCUCUUCAGCGUCAAAAUUCAGUGACAGUUUGAAAGAAGAUGCCAGGAAGGACUUAAAGUUUGUCAGUGACGUUGAGAAGGAAAUGGAAGCCCUUGUGGAAGCCGUGAACAAGGGAAAGAAUAGUAAGAAGAGCCACUUCUUCCCUCCCAUGAACAGAGACCACCGCCGGAUCAUCCACGACCUGGCCCAAGUGUACGGCCUGGAGAGCGUGAGCUAUGACAGUGAACCAAAGCGCAACGUCGUGGUCACUGCAGUCAGGGGGAAGUCCGUUUGUCCUCCUACCACGCUGACAGGGGUACUUGAAAAGGAAAUGCAGUCACGGCCUCCACCACCUAUUCCUCAUCACAGACAACAGUCAGACAAGAAUCCUGGGAGCAAUAACUUACAGAAAAUAACCAAGGAGCCGGUAAUUGACUACUUCGAUGUCCAGGACUGAGAAGCUCACGACGCACUUAGAUGAAAGAAUGAUUAGGUGGGGUGGAGACUCGUUUGCCAGCAGAUAAAUCAUGCUUGAUCCCAACUUCCUGGUGGACUCACAGCCUCACAUGCUGUCUCAUGUCCAUAUGUCCAAAGCAUGAGCGUGUCAGAAGUCCCGUCCUCUAGCCCCUCUCUGUACGGAGCAUCUCUGUGCGGCCAGGUGUUGACUGCACGGUCUCUGGUAACUCAGUCGUGUGUUUGCAUAGGCUCCUCACGCUUUCCCUGCGAUCGCUCGGAGGCUCAGGGGAACAUUGGACUUGGUCUAGACAAAACCAGAAUUUUAGCCUGAAACUGGCUUUAUGGCACUUGGUCAUGGCCUCAGCUAUCCCCGCUAUCCAUCCUCCUCCUGAAAAUGCCUGCCACAUCAGAUGCACCUCCCUCUCUUAAUGCAGACUGAUCAUAGUCUUUGGAAAGGCACAAACUUCUCAGCCUGAAAUACCAAACGUUGAAUUGGUACAUCAUAUCUGGAAUCACACGUGUUGUGUUGAACCUACUGUCUUACCUGAGUCUUUUGCCAAAAACUUUCAUAGACCUGUCUAGCUGAACUUACUUUAGUGGUUCUCAGUACCAUUAGUUCUAGACUUAGCAGAGGGGUUGGGUGGCUUUACAGAAUUCCAUUUUCUGGAGUCCAUGGAGCACCUCAUGCCACAUCACUGAGCCUGUCGGAUGACGUCGCUUCAGCCACCCGCCAUGGUGGGAGAGGACAUAGCGUGAGCUCCACAUGCCAGGUUUACACUGUGGCCUCUAGGUAUGACCAGUGUAGCCCCAACACCUUCUCUCUGGUUGAGAAAGUCUCAGGUAAACUCACCUUCCCUGUGUUGCUUUCUCCCAGGCCUGCAGCAGCCAUGCAGGCUCUCCCUAUCUCUGAGCGCUGGGCUUAUUUCAGCAACCCACUGGAGGCUUCAGGUUUCUUUGAGGCAGGUGCAUCACCAGUUAAAUUAGUUUGGCCCUCUGCAUUGGCACCCCUCCAGCACGAGGGCCAAACUUCUAGCAACUUCCUUCUGCUCCACAACAAGCCACAAGCCCCAGAGUAACAGGAGAUUCGAGAAAUGACUUCACAAAACCCACACUUAAUUUUCAUAGAGCAGGGCCACCCUUUGGUCCUGGCCAAGACAAUCUGCCUUGAAAGGCAUCAGGUGCGGCAGUGGACUAGACACUGGAGGGAACAGAUGAACUACAAAGCCUCCUUAUCUGGGCCCAUUCAGCACAGGGGCAGUGGCUGAGAAGCCCACACGCAUCUGUUACAUCUUUCAGUCGGUGGUUGAGUGGGUGAACUGUGCACUGAGAGCACCUCGGAGUCAGGAAACCUGACUUCAGGUUCCAGCUCUGCCACAUAACAACUUGCCACUUGGUGGAAUGGAGGUUAUCACACUGCCUCGCCAGGGUGGUGGUAAGGGUUAAAUGAGAUAACACGUAGGGGUGCCUGAUCUAUCAUAGGUGUUGAAGUUUAUAAAAAUUAUACUUGAUAUCUGGAAAAUACGCGAGCAGCUUCUUUAUCCAUAAUACUAGCCAAGUAAAAGGUUAGAAUGCUGAGCAGUCUUCAGGUGAAUGCUUGUGUGCUUCCUUAGCACCAGCCUUGCACUAGGGCUGAGCAGUGGGGAGCAGAUGUGGCCUGCUUUGUAGUUACUGACCCAGUAGGGGCCACAUCCCUGAAUAUAUAUAAUGGAAUUGGUUGGUCUGGCACAAAGAGGUGAUUAGUCCUGUUAAAAGCUGAAGAGGCGUACAAGGACUGGGUUAGCUGGUGCUUGGGAAAGGGCAACAGAAGGGAGCAUUUGAGCUGAGUCUGGAGACGGCAGGCUGCUAUAGGGAGGCGAGAGGCAUGACACGGGGAGGUACAGGGCGUGAGAUAGGCCCGGGGUGUGGUUUGUGGUAGGCAUGAGGAAGGAAGGGAUCUUCAGAGGGGACAGACAGCUGGAAGGACAAGUGAUAAAGCUGGAGAGGUAGGUCAGUUUGAGAGCCACGGGGAGCCGCCAAAGGAUCCUAAGCCGAGCGUGGCUGGCCUGGAUUUAUGAUGUAGAGCAGGAGCCAGCAAACUUCAUUGCAAAGAGCCAGGUAGUGUUUCAGGCUUUGCGAAUCUCUUGCAGCAACCAACUGCCAAUGUGUUGUGGAAGCAGCCGCAGACAAUACACCCAAUUGAGUGAGCACGACUCUGUUCUAAUAACAAUUUUAUAGACACUGAA